ACUAGGCGUAAACAAGAUCUGAGUGUGGACUGUGGUUCUGCAGGGUUCUACCGGGCUAGGAGUAGGAGUAAUGAACUGCUGCGGGGUGUUGUAAUGUAAGUCCCGCUCUGGCUAUCUGCACUGGGAUCUACACUUAUUUGCAAUUUGCUCCGAUACCUUUGCAGUUAUGGAUCAGGACUACUACCUGGAGCUCAGUGACAGACCGGUGCUGUUUGAGAAAGCCACCAGCCUCAACUGCGUCUUCUUCGAUGAGGCCAAUAAACAGGUCUUCGCCGUUCGAUCUGGAGGCGCCACCGGUGUUGUUGUCAAAGGAACAGAAGACAGAAAUCCAAUCUCGUUCAGAAUGGAGGACAAAGGAGAAGUGAAAUGCAUAAAGUUUUCUUUGGGAAACAAGAUCUUGGCUGUGCAGAGGACAACGAAAACUGUGGAUUUUCUGAAUUUAAUUCAGGAUUAUUCUCAAUUAGAAUACUCACAGGAAUGCAAGACUAGAAAUGCUCGAAUUAUGGGAUUCUGCUGGACCAGUUCUACAGAGAUUGUCUUCAUUACAGAUCAAGGAAUUGAGUUUUAUCAGGUGUUGCCUGAAAAGCGUACAUUAAAAUUAUUGAAAAGCCAGAGUAUAAAUGUGAAUUGGUACAUUUACUGUCCAGAGAGCUCAGUGAUCCUGCUAUCUACUGCCAACCUCUGCAACGUUCUGCAACCGUUUUAUUUCAGGGGCGGAACAAUGUCAAAGAUGGCAAAGUUUGAAAUGGAGUUGCCACCAACCACAACAAAAUCAUUAAAAAUUUCUGAAAGAGACAUAGCCAUGGCAACAAUAUAUGGUCAGCUGUAUGUUCUGUUUCUGAGACAUCAUUCAAAAGCUUCUAACAGUGCCGGAGCAGAGGUUGUACUGUACCAUUUACCCAGAGAAGGUACCUGUAAGAAGAUGCACAUCUUGAAACUGAACAGAACUGGAAAAUUUGCUCUUAACAUUGUUGAUAAUUUGGUAGUAGUUCAUCAUCAGGAUACUGAGACAUCUGUAAUAUUUGACAUCCGGUUACGGGGAGAAACUGAUGGGUCCGUUACUUUGCAUCAGCCGGUGCUUCCUGCUCGCUCAAUACACCCUUACCAGAUGCCUGUGGCAGGUCCUUCAGCAGUGGUAGGACAGGUCCCGGCCCCUUGCAGACUCUAUUCUUCUUCUUGGAUUGUCUUUCAGCCAGACAUCAUCAUCAGUGCUAGUGAGGGUUAUCUCUGGCAUCUACGCAUUAAGCUUCAGCCUAUAGUACAUUUGCUUCCUGAUAAGGGAAAACUGAUGGAUUUUCUUCUACAACGAAGGGACUGCAAGUCUGUAAUUUUAUCAGUGUGCUCUCAAAUGCUAAGUGAAGCCGACAGACAGUCAUUACCUGUUAUUGCCACAGUGUUUGACAAACUUAGCAGUGAAUAUAAGAGAUACUUGGACGCUGAGCACAGCUAUACUUUGGCUGUUGAGACCAGUCAAGGUAGAAGUAGCAUGCUUCUAAAACCACCAGUGCGUGGCCAGGCUGUCAUAGACCAAUCAGAUAUGUACACUCAUGUUCUUUGUGUUUUCACAGAGGUUAAGGAGGCCCCACACAAAUUUAUCAUUGCUGUCCUAAUGGAAUAUAUCCGCUCUCUGAACCAGUUCCAGAUACCAGUACAGCACUACCUCUAUGAACUAGUGAUCAAGACUCUAGUACAACACAACCUCUUCUACAUGUUGCAUCAGUUCCUGCAGUAUCAUGUGCUCAGUGAUUCCAAGCCUCUGGCCUGCCUUUUGCUGUCAUUAGAAAGUGUGUAUCCCCCAGCACAUCAGCUGUCUCUUGACAUGUUAAAGAGGCUGUCCACAGCAAAUGAUGAGAUUGUAGAGGUUUUGUUAUCCAAGCACCAGGUUUUGGCUGCCUUGCGGUUUGUCCGGAGCAUUGGAGGUCAUGACUGUGCGUCAGCUCGAAAGUUUCUGGAUGCAGCUAAACAGACCUCUGACAACAUGCUUUUUUAUACGGUCUUCCGCUUCUUCGAACAGAGAAAUCAUCGCCUGCGUGGGAACCCUAAUUUUACCCCAGGUGAACACUGUGAAGAGCACGUGAUUUCCUUCAAGCAGAUAUUUGGUGAAAACGCUCUGUUGAAACCUUCAGCUUCCUGAUGUUCUUCAUACAAAACUGUAUAGUGUAUUUAUUAUGUUAAUAAAGUCUAUGCAGCUCCUGCUUUGAAUUGUAAAAA